AUGGACCCGACCGAUCGCCGUCUCGUCCUGGGCGCUCUGCGGACCUCCUCCAAUUCCCUGGACACCGUUAGGGACCUCGUCAAUUACCUCAAACGGGACCGCAUAUUCACUGAGGCGCAAAUUUAUGACCACAUGGAAGAGUUCAUUCGUAUCUGGAAGGAAUGGAAGCAGCAGGACGCUCUAUCCCCUCCCGACAGUAAUCUUGGCGGAAGGCAGGACGAUGCCGAUUUGGACAGUCCGACGGGAAGGCUGGCUUUGUACGGCCCUGUCGAUGAAAAGAUGGAAAAGGAACUCAUCUCCCUCUUCCGACCGCAGCGCGCCAACUUCGGUUUUGCCAACUCAAGACACAGCGAGGGCACCGUGAGCUUCAUACAAGCCAAGACGGUAAAGAACAACGGACUCGAGCCAGAUGACGACGGUACGGUCGUUAUUCAGUGGAAGUCUUCCAUAGCUGCAGGCGGGGACCCCGACGAGUACGUCGAUGAGACAGCACGUAACACCCGCUGCAUCGUGCUGGGGCCUGACGACGUCAAAGAGGUGGGGAUGACCGUUGAUAUCGUUUUCGGGACUUGCUGUGUGGCCGACCUCGACGAACAGCGCUCGCAUAUCCCACCUCCUCGGUGCCCUACUCCUCCCGAGGGGCCGCCUUCCGACAUAAAUCAGCCGGAUGCUUCCAUGGCCUCGUCAUCCGAUGAGGCCGAGGCGCAACAGAUGGUCCCCACCCAGCACCCGGUUCCUUACCCUCACAUGUCGUCUGCGCCCGCCCAGAUGGCCCCUUAUAUCCAAGCUACCAAUGUUUUCAUCCUGAACAGCCCAGAUCAGAUGCCAUGGGCAGCACAGCUGGGCAGCACAAUGGAAAAUCGAGGAGUUGCGGGCACUGCAGGGCCAUCUGCUGCAUCAAUGAGCGGAACUCAGGCCACCAGUGGAAGCAAACGCCAGGCCGAUGGGAAUGCCCAAGGCUUUGGGAGAGCAAAGAAGUUCCGUUCCUAG